AUGCCGGAAGUUUAUCCAGGGAUUUACCUCUCAGCUGGCUACUCAUUGACUGAUGUUGAAAUGCUUCGUAGUGAAAUUCCUCACGAUGCCCUUGAACGAGCAGGAUUUCUCUCAUCAAACGCGGCUACCGAUAUCGCUAGCCGCCUUCAAAUCGCUUUCGAAAGGAUACUGCCGAAGGGCCUUCAGUGUCGAAUCGUUCUGAUGCCCGAGAUGAGCGAACCCGGUUCGGCUUUUAUGAGAGUUGAGUGGUUCGGUAAAAACGAAGCGCUCAACCACACGAAAACACAAUGGCAUACCGGAUGGGCAGAGAAGGCGUGUUCACCGUACGUCACGAUGCUAGCCGGCUAUUUCUCGCUGAACGACUCACCUCGUUUUCAGCUCGUCUUAUCGACUGUUAAACAGCUCAAAGUACUUGACUACUUAGACGGACUGCCUUCGUCAACUUCAAUUUUUACAUAUUUUGUUGUAUUAUUAGUAACAUUAUUUAAUGUAUUAGCGCACCUAGUGUGA